AUGCCUACAGAAACUGCCAAUGCUACAUCAGGUACAACAUCAACUGUUUAUGGUGGUUUAGAAGGACCUGAAUCAAUGUAUUUAAAAUUAAUUUCAUCCGAUGGUCAUGAAUUUGUUGUACGUCGUGAUUUUGCUAUAAGUGCAUCACCAACAAUUAAAAAUAUGCUUAGCGGUCCUGGACAAUAUUCUGAAUCGCAACCAAAUGAAAUCUAUCUCAAAGAUAUUCCAUCGCAUGUACUUAUUAAUGUUUGUCGAUAUUUUGCUUAUAAAGCUAAAUAUACAAAUUCAUCGAUCGAUAUACCUGAAUUUCCAAUCGACACUCAAGUUGUAUUAGAACUGCUUGUUGCAUCAGAUUUUCUUGAUUGUUAA